AUGGACGGCCUCUUCGCGCUCGGCUCUAAUGGCUCAGGUCAGCUGGGACUAGGCCACAAGGAAGAUGUCUCCGUGCCGAAGCAAAUCCAGUUUGACGGCGAACCUCCCAGGGAUGCAAUCACCCAAGUCGCAGCUGGAGGCAACCAUACGAUCCUGCUCACGGCAUCAGGAAGAGCUUACUGGAGCGGUGAUGCAUCAAGUGGCGCAUGCGGAAUCGUCGAUACCAGUUCCGAGGCAGGAUUGUCGGUUUUCCGCGAGGUAGCCCUGUCGCUGACGGGGCCGCCUGGGCGUAUCGUUCAUGUGGCUUGCACAUGGGAUGCGUCCCUUUUUGUGGUGGAAGACGAGCACGGGAGGGCAACCCGAAUCUACACUUGCGGGCCUGCAGAUGUUGGAGCGGUCAACCCAGCGAGAGGAGAGCCUACGUUGAUACAAAACGAGUAUACCCCGGCUGGUACGCAGGUGAAAGACAUCGCCGCCGGAUUCCGCCACGUCGUUGUCAUUCUAAACAAUGGAGAUGUCUACGGCUGGGGCAAUGGGCGGAAAGGACAGCUGGGACCAAAAAAACAGAUGGACGACAUGGCGAAUCCCAAAGGUGUUGUUGAACAUCGCCGGAUGCUCGACGGCAUCGGCUUCAAAGUCGCCAAGGCCAUUUGCUGCCAGUAUACUACCUGCCUCAUCGCCGAGCCAGGUGAUGGCAGGAUUGCAGUCCUUGGGGCAGACAAAUGGGGACUGAAAAGCACCGCACCGGCCGAAGUGCCCAACUGGAUGACCAUGAGCGCCUGCUGGGGAAGCAUAUACGCGCUUCAGCGGAACGGAAUUCUGGUCGCAUGGGGCAGAGACGACCACGGUCAGAUGCCGCCACCCGGUCUCCCACCCAUCACGCAUCUUGUAGCCGGCAGCGAACACGUCUUAGCUCUGACAGAGGGUGGGGACGUGUUGACCUGGGGUUGGGGUGAACACGGGAAUUGCGGACCACAGUCCGAGGAGAAGUCUGGAGACGUUAAGGGACGAUGGAAUGUGCUUGCAUCAUUGAAGCAUCUAUCGGAAGGCUCUAGUAUCACAGCUAUUGGAGCAGGAUGUGCGACAAGCUGGAUCAACAUCGCAGCUGAUGGAAUGUUCCUCUAG